AUCAACUCUUCUGCUCCCCAAACGGCGACCUCUCCAAUUCGCUGCUAAUUCUGCCACCAUCUUCAACCUGAUAUCUCCCAUCUAAUUAAUCCGAGUCAAUGGCUGAGCAAAACAGCGAUUGGCGGGCGAAAGGAAUCAAAGCAUCCCAGAAGAAGUAAUCUUCGGUGACAUUCUUGUAAGAUUGCCUUCAAGAAGUCUAGCCAAUUUCAUUUUCAUUCGCAAAUCAUGGUGUCAAUUUAUAAGAUCUCCAUCGUUUAUUAGAACCCACCUUAGUAAUUGCUUUUCUAGUUAUAAAGAUGAUCCAUCAACUGGGUAUCUUUUUCAUAUGUUUUUGGACGGGGAAGAGCGAGAAACUGCAUACCAUCUGUUAUCUGAUGGGCCUAAUGGAUAUGCGAAGGUCUUAGAAUUGAAACCCCCCAUUGAUUUUGUAUCUGGGUCAUGUUCGGUUGUUGAUUCAUGUGCUGGAUUGCUUUGCCUCACAGAAAAUGAUGACGUAUUAUACGGUCGGGUUGUCUAUUUCUGGAACCCUUCAGUUAGGAGAAUUAUAACCAUUAGGAAUUCUAGCUGUGAAGGGAUAUCUAAGGAAUUUAGUUGGAUUUCCCCUGGUUGUGGUUACGAUUUUGAUGCAGGUGUCUUUAAGUUGGUUAGGAUUAUAUAUGAUAGCCCAAAUUGUGAAGCUCCCUAUGACCUGGAGAAGACUGAGAUUGAGGUCUACAAUCUGAGUACAGGUUCUUGGAGAAAGAUUGAGAAUUUAGUCGUUAAUUGGAUUAUUUACUGCCAAUUGCGAAUUUUAUAUGUGAAUGGGUUUGUUAAUUGGCUUGCAUUUCAUCCUGAACGACACGAUGAAGAUUUGAUUGUGGCUUUUGAUGUUAAAAGUGAAGAUUUUAGGACACUAGAGUUGCCGGAUUUAGAGAUGGAGGGGGAUUAUAGAGGUCCAUUGCUCAAGGAAUACAAGGACAUGCUUGCAUUUUUUGUUUGUGGAAAUUUUGCAGCUCUUGAAGGGACUGGUACUUGGAGUUUGUGGGUGAUGAGAGAGUAUGGUGUGACCAACUCUUGGGAGAGAUUGUUCAAUGUGGUAACGGAACAGAGGAUAGUUUGGUCUCUAGGGGUUACUAAAAACUGUGAUAUUCUGCUUCUCACCCCUGAUUCAAAAGUGGUGGCAUAUGAUUUUAAGGAGCAGGAAGUGAAGAAUCUUGGGCUUCCUAAGUAUUGCCCGCAUAGCUGUUUCUUGAUAACAUACAUGGAAAGCUUGCUCCUACUGGAUGAACAAGCUAACCUGGAUGGACAUAUGGAUUAGAAAUAUGAACAAAAGGAAGAGGAAGCUGUGGAUCAAAAGAAAAGGCCAAGAAGAAUGGAUUUUGGAGCAUACUGUUAGCUAUCCUUCUUAUGCUGUAUCUGAGCAUCAAUGACUUGCUUUGAAGAUAUUGGACUUUGAGAUCUGAGGAAGUUUGAUGCUUAUAAGGAGACUUGUGUCUUCAUAUCAUUAUGUUGUGAAUCUUUUACUAGACAAUUAGAGGUAAUUGUUGCCGUCAAAGUUCGCUCCAUCUGAAACUUGUGGACCCAGUGAUAGGUGGAGGUAUUACAUCACUGGCAUUGAUUGUAUUCUUCCUACAACUGUAUUAACAGCAGGUAUGGCUGAGAGUUUCUACUUGUGGGGGGAGUUAUUAUGAGUUAGUUAAUGAUGUACAGUUCUGGAAGUGCAGCAUACACAUGAAAUGUGACCAAAGAUAUGGUUCAAUGUGAGGAUAUAUCUUCAAGUAACUUUCAACAUUGGCGAGUUUGAUUUUUUCAAGCCCAAUAACUGGCUGAAGUACAGAAGCUUAAGAUUUGGAGGUGGUAAUGGUUGGUUUGCACUGUUUAAAGUAACACAAACUACUGGAUGGUUUAUAAGUGAAACGGAGCAUACACUUUUUUGGGUGUCUUUGUGCUCCAAAUUUUGGGCUAUGUGACCAGUAUCAGUUAGAAAAAAAGACAGGACUAUAAGUCAGGUAUGCAGCAGACAUGGCAUUAAGAUGAACUAUAAGCCUGAUCGUACUCGCCACAAGAAAGAGAGCGUUUAUGAUAGGUUGUGAUUAUGGAAGAUCUGAUGGCAUGCCAUGAUUUUCAUGUGAAAGUGAAUCAGGCAAGUGGUUAUCAGGGGGAGUGGUACAUUGUUUUCUUGAAGAGUUCUUCAAGGGAGUUACUCAUACUAGUGGACCAUGGAUGUAGAUCUCUACCUCAGCCCAUGUACCCUUCUCCAAGAGCCUUACCUGUGAAUACUGUACAAGGGAAGUGACUCCUAGCUCCUAAGAUCUUGCGAAGUUAUUCUAACUUUUGCAGUGGACAUUCUUUAGGCACUGAAAUCUCUGUUUGAGAUGUGUAUUAAGAUUUUGACUCAUUAUGUAGCUUUUGUUGCAGGUUAGCUCAACGUUAGCACCAGAAGUUGCAGAGGAGGUAAUUUAUGUUUAGAGGCUUUUAACAGGUUCAUCUCUUCUUUCAUUGCCGAGUAGGCUACUGAAUCUCAACAUACAUUGAUAAAAGAGUGUUUUUUGAUCGAACUAUCGAUUUGUUGUUCUGGUAUUUCCUCUUAAUGGAAACAAUCAGUAUCUUGUGCAGCAAUAUUAAUAGCUUAUUUGAACAAAAAUAUUCUGUUCUGAUCUCCCCCCGGCCCCGUGG